AGUCAGAAUUCGAGCAUGAUGAAUCCUUCUGGACGUUCGAGCGAGAGAGAUUUAAUAGAGCCCUGUUUUGGGCGUUCUGCACGCGAGAAUUCCUCCAGCCCAUUUCCUCAUUAAAACGAGCCCUUGUCGCGUUUUCCUUCUUCCCUUCAUCCGCUCGCCCUCCGUCCCCUACAAUCAUCGCAUCCCUCAUGUCUGACUCCCCGGAGGACGCCAGGGCGGCCAGCGAGGACGCCAAGGUCGACGAGAUUGACGACUCUGGCGAGCCAGAAGCCUCUCAACAAGACCCUGCUCCCAAGCGCAAGCGUGGUCGCCCCCCGGGCAGCAAGAAUAAGAAGACCAUCGCCGCUGAGGCCGCCAAGUCUACCGCAGGGUCGUCUACGGACGCUCCGCGCAGGCCAAGGGGGAGGCCCCCGAAGCGCAAGGCUGAGGAGGAGAAGAAGCCCGAUGAGGGUAGUGGGGAGCCGUCAGAUGCGCCGCCCAAGAAGAAGAGAGGGCGUCCGCGUAAGAACCCCCUCCCGGUGGAGCGCACCGGGGGGGACGGGGGCGGGGCGGACACUGCGGCAGAGCCCAGCCAACCCAAGAGAAAGCGGGGACGGCCACGGAAGGACUCUAGCUGAACACGCCCCCCCCUAUUGCCUGCACGCCAUCGUCCACGCAUGUAUCUUCGCAACGACACCGCCGGGACCAAGUUGCUCCCCAUCCCUCGACUCUCCCUGUACUUGUAUAAUUAUCCUCGCCCCCAUGAACCCGUACGUUGCUUAUGACCCCGCACUCCCCACCGCCCGCGCCUAUUAGCCUCAGAACUAUGCUACGUUUCCCUCUACUGCUCUCGUUGUUCCUCAUGUUUUCCCACACUGUAGCUUGAACGCAAU